GGCUAUAAAGGCGCUGCGGAGCGCGGCCGCCCCGCUCCGCCGUGCCAUGGCCAACCCCUCGCAGUGCCUGGAGGAGGGCGCCGGGCGCUGGCCGCCGCGCCCGCCCGGGCCCUACAGCGAGGCGCAGCGGCUGGCGCUGGAGGAGCUGGUGGCGGGCGGCCCCGAGGCGCUGCGAGCCUUCCUGCGGCGGGAGCAGCUGCCGCCGUUCCUCUCGGAGCCCGAGGUGCAGGCCAUCGCGCGGGGCGCCCUGCCGCCCGCCGCGGGCCCGGAGCCGGCGGGCGAGCCGUCGCUCGGCGCCUCCCUGGACGCCUCGUCGCUCACCUACUUCCCCGAGCGCUCGGACCUGGAGCCGCCGGCGCUGGAGCUGGGCUGGCCGGGCUUCGCCAGCGGCGCGUUCCGCGGGCUGACGCGGGUGGAGGCGCAUUUCCAGCCGGGCUGCGGGGACAGCCCGUACGGCUGCAAGGAGGCGGUGCGGCGGCAGAUCCGCUCCGCUCGGCAGGUGAUUGCCCUUGUGAUGGAUUCCUUCACAGAUAUCGAUAUCUUUGGUGACCUUCAGGAAGCCUAUACCACCCGCAAAGUCCCUGUCUAUAUCCUUCUUGACCAGGACUUUGUACCCGAUUUCUUGGAAAUGUGUAAGAAUUUGGGAGUUUCCCCUGAGCAGGAAAGUCUGAUGAGAGUUCGAACCCUCACAGGGAACACAUACUACCUGAGGUCGGGUGCCAAAAUUGUCGGGAAGGUCCAUGAGAAGUUCAUGUUAAUCGAUGGCAUUAGAGUGACAACAGGCUCCUACAGUUUCACGUGGUCUGACGGGAAGCUGAACAGCAGUAACUUGCUGCUACUCUCAGGUCAAGUGGUUGAACACUUCGACCUCCAGUUCAGGAUUCUUUACGCUCAGUCGAUGCCCAUCAGCCAGAAGUGUCUGUCCAGCUGCAGGAACAACGGGAUAUUUGAUCACCUGGUGAACAGAACAGAGUCCCCUGAAGAAUAUUCUGUGGAAGGCAACUUGAGAGCGGAAUUUGCCGGAUUGUCUAGUACUCCAAAGAAACUCUUGAAACAACGAGAUCAGGCUGAAGAUACUCCUGGAAACAAACCUUGUAACCUGUGGCAUUCUUACCUCUGGGAAGAGCAGUGGUUCAGCGAUCAAGUGGCCAUCGUGGAACGGAAAAGCGUAUCGACUCAAACUGGCCCAUGGGAAGAGAAGCCUGUAAUGACUGCGUGCAACGCUGCCACGCAGACCAGUGCUGCGACGGCAGAAACUGGCACCCAGGCCUCUGUCGCUGCUAGAGUGACAGGCACUCAGACUUCAGUUCUGCUGAAGACUGCAGUGACGCAGACAAAGGAAGGUGAGUAUGCAGAAACACCCCUGCUUCCCAGAAAGUUGUCAAAAGAAGGAUCUUACAGCCUUACCAGACAGAUAUCAAGUUCCAGUCUGCGAUCGAUAUCUUCGUCAUCCUCCCAGUGCUCUCUUGCAAGCUCUACCGGCUCGCUAUCUUCUCUCCGGUCCUUUGAAUAUUCUGGCAGUCACAGGGCAGAAUAUUUCCAAAAACUGCAUAAAGAGAGGCAGUUCCACUACUCCACUAUCAGGUCAAAGCUUAGCCACAUGGUGGGUAUCCUGUCCCGGAAGGGACGUGCCCCUGAGAACUACAUGACCCAGUACACUGGAAGAUGUGAUCUAAAACAGAGAAGGGACAUCAGUGCCAGCCUGCGCAGCCUCCGGGAUGUUUCAGUCUUCUCUCUGAAUAAAUGAUCACUGCACUGAGCACAGCACACAGAAGCUCCAGUCUCGAAUUGUGGUCACUUUACACCUGCUGGUUCUUCUAUUUCCUUCCAGCACUUUUUUAGUACAUGUGAAUGUCACUCUUCAGCACUUUCUUUUAUACGAUGCAAAGAGGGGUUUAUUUAUACUGUAGCUACUUGCAUGUUCCUCUUAUACAUAUCAAUGGUGAGGGUUCAUUUUGAUUACGGAUGUUUAGCCUGAAAAGUAAACUUAUUACUGCUUUCUAGGAUUACUAAUGCUUUGGCUUUAAUUUAUAUAAACUUGGAAAAACCUGAGUCAGUCCUAUCAAGCCAUCAGAGUGGCUUAGGCACACUUUUUUCUUUUUAAUAUUGGCUUUUAUUUCUACUUUAUCUUUGGCAUCAGGGGAAACAACUUUCAUAAAGAGCUGUAAUGCUAAGUUUAUUCUGACUUCAGUGAUGUGUAUAUUCCUCUUCAACUCAAGCUGUGAAGGGUCUGUUGGAGCAGUUGCAGGUUCUUAUCCUCAACUGUUCCUGUUGUUUAAUCCUUCUGAAAUGGACUGAGCUAACUAGCUCUUCAGUUUGAUCAUCUUCUCAUACAUAGAUAUAUAAAAAAAAUGUGCGUGUAUAUGUACGCUUCCUUAGAAUAACAUCUUUUCAAAACCCAGACCAAGAAGUAGCAACUUGGCACUCUAAGAUAUUAGUACCCAUGCUGGGUACAGUCCUGGUGUAAGUGUUUCUAGUAUUUGGAACUAAAACCUAGAUAUAUUGGACUGGUGAUAAUAUUAAUGGGAAUGUAUUGCUGAGGUGGUCUUUUCCUCUUGUGAGCAGGAGAUGAGGUGAUAUCUGGAGCUCACUCUCUUGCUGCAGCAUACCUGUUGUACUUCUCUUUUGGGAUGACUCCCAAGAACUUUGCCCCUUGUGCAAUUUGUUAAGCAGAAUUAAGACAUUUAGUCUUAGCACUGUAAGAUGAGCUUCCAGUUCUGGCUUGGUCCAGGAAUGUCCGUCCUCUGUUAAGAGACUUGUGAACAAUUUCCUUCUUUGGAAAGAACUUAGAGGCGAGACAGUCACUGAGGGCACAUGACAAAGCCCCUGUUCAAAAGUAAACUGAGAAAUGCACUACAAAAUAUUCUGGGUUCUGUUUGCUAAUGCUAUUGUACAAAUGUAAGAGUAAAAAAUAAACACACAUUUUUCUCUUUAAGCUGUCCUCUGAAAUGUUCUGUUUCCUGCUCUGUUCUUUAUCCACUAUUAACUUGGUUUGAGGAGCUGAAGUGCUACUGUAGUUUCUGAAAAUAGUCUUUCAAUAUUAAAUAGAUCUUGGGUUAAUUUGCUUUGCAGAGACAAUAUCUGAAUAUUUGCUAGCAGUACUGUGUGUGUGUGUGUGUAUGUGCUUGUUCAAUUACUUAUUUGAGGGGUGUGUGGAUUUCUUCUCUGACCUUUGACCUGCACUGUUAUUCUUCAGACCUGUAUUCCAGUAUUUUUGUGACCAACCAGACUCUAAAUUCUGCCAAGUCAAAUCAGAGUCAGGGUAAUAUAUUUUCUUCUUAUUUAUGGGUGUGUCCAGCAGAUGGCACAUUUUGGCUGUUGUCUUGAAUGUUCCCAUAAACAGCAAUGAAUGGUAGAAUGAACAGAAAAAUGUCAAACUCAACAAGACUGCAACUGAAGUGCAGAAAGCAACAUUUUGUUCUUCUAACUUGAGCAUUUCUGUCUCUGAAAUCUAUAUGGACAAAGAGGCUCAAACUACUUUAUUACUUGGAUUUCAAAGCAGCCACUCCCUCCCUGAAGCUGCAAGGCAGAUGUACAAAGAGGUGCAGGUGAGGAAAAAAAGCUCUGUCUGCACUUGUUUGAACAGAUAAGAUACUUUUUUUGUGUGGUCCCUGGAGCUGGAACACUGGGAGCAAAAGAGCCAAGAGAAAUCUUCGAAGCUAAUCCUGAGUUGUAUUUUUAGGAGCUCAUGUUCAGCAGUGCUUGAAUGUAUGUAAAAAUCAACUUGUUUGUCCUAUGUGCUUUUAAACUUUAUUACACGGUGCAGCUGUUUUGGUACUCUCACAGGAACAAGAAAGUUUACAAAUAAACUCCUGUUGCCGUGGGGCUUUUCACCUCAUAA